AUGGAUUAUAAACCACGUGUUGCAAUUAUUGGUGCUGGUGUUACUGGUUUAAUUGCCAUUAAGCAAUGUUUGGUCGCUGAAUUGGAACCUAUCUGCUUCGAACAGACCGACCAUACUGGUGGAUUAUGGAGAUAUACUGAAGUUACCGAGGAAAAUCAAAACCCUCAUUCUUCUGUAUAUCGUAGUACCAUCAUCAACACAUGUAAAGAACAUAUGACAUUGUCUGAUUUCCCAAUUCCGGAAGAUUGGCCGACGUUUCUUCCGCACUAUAAAGUGGCAGAAUACUACGACUUGUAUGCGGAUAAAUUCAACCUAUGGCCGCAUGUCCGAUUUAACACAACAAUAUUGAAUGCGUCUAUGAUCCCAGAGACAAAGAAAUGGAAAAUUGCAUCGAUUAAAAAGGGUGGAGAAAAGGAAGAAGAAGAAUUUGAUUAUGUUAUGGUAUGUACUGGACAUCAUAGCGUUCCCCGAUUGCCAAAUUACCAGGGGAUGAAGACAUUCCCUGGUAAGCAGAUACAUUCUCACUUUUACAAAGAACCAUUUGCAUACGCUGGCAAACGCGUUGUGGUUGUUGGAGUUGGUAACAGUGGCAUGGACAUAUCUGUAGAGUUAUCUCACUAUGCAUCACAAGUCUACCUAGUAUCCCGUAGAGGCAGACUUCCCUGGAUCCUGCCCCGCCGAGGUCCCUUCGGACGACCAUUUGAUCACUCAAACUCGCGCUUCGCCGGCUUGCUUCCUGGCUUUAUCAGGAACUAUAUUGUCCGCCUAUUCAUCUCGCUUACCACCGGCCUACCUCCCAAGCACCUCCAACCGUUGUAUCCAUUUUCCGCUGCUCAUCCAUCAGUAAAGCCAGAUUUUCUUGAUCGGCUUUCAACCGGAACGAUUGUGGUGAAACCCGAUAUUUUGUCAUUGACGACUGAUGGAUCCGUGUCUUUUGUUGAUAACACAAUUGUCGAUAAUAUUGAUGUUAUUUUUUACUGUACUGGAUACAACAAUGAAGUACGCUUUAUGGAUACGGAAAUCAUCAAUGGUGGAGAUAUUGUCAGAAAGAAUUUUGACGAAGGAGAAUAUAGGGAGAAUAUUACUUGGUUAUAUAAAUUUAUGUUCCCUCCAAGAUGGAGUAAUAUUGCAUUUUUGGGAUUCGUCCAGCAGAUUGGGGCGAUCAUGCCUUUGUGUGAACUCCAAGCCCGUUAUGUGACAGCGUUGAUUAAAGGCAAGAUUUCGCCUCUGCCCUCCUCCGAGGAAAUGGACAAACGCAUUAUGGCCUACCAUAAUCGAAAUCGUAAGAAGUUCUAUGAAGCGGCCAGACACACUAUGGAGAUUGAAAUGAUGCCGUAUUGCGAUACAAUUGCAAAGGAUAUUGGAUGUUAUCCAACAUUGACGAAAGUACUGUGGAAAUAUGGAUUUGGGAUUUGGAGGAGGGUGUUAUUUGGCGUUCCUACACCUAUGCAAUUUCGAUUGUUGGGACCUGACAGAUGGCCCGAUGCUGCCAAAUGGAUUCGUAUAUAUAACAAAAGCUGA